AUGUCGAACAAGGAACCUUCAAUUGGCAAGGAGCUUGAACUCAAGAAACAAGCAACUAUAGCUUUCUUCAGCAUAAUGUCUCGUACCACAUUUACACUUAAGGAGCUCCUAUUAUCGAAAGGUUUUAUCGAGAUCACAGAGAUCACGCCGAUAAUUAUGGGUGAUAGUAGUGAAGGGCAGCCUCUUUGUGUGCUAGAGACCCCUCAUCAUUACGAGAAGAUAUUAAUGGACAUGCCUCUAUUCACUAAGAUAAAGGAGACGUUUCCAAAGGAACUCGAAGUUAUCAGAAAUCAUCAUCCUUUUAAAACAUUGAAGGAUGUUGGUGAGGAGGUUGAUCCUUAUGAAUAUUUAGACACAAUAUCAGAGAGAAAACUUAGCCAGCUCAUUGAAGAAAAGUACAACACUAAAUUUUACAUGCUGCAUCGCCUCCCUCUGGAAGGUAGCCCAUUUUAUAUCAUGCCUUGUGCAGAUGAUCCUCGUUACGGCAACUCAUUUGCUGUCUUCUUGAGAGGCAAGAUCAUAUCAGGAGGCCAAUGUAUCAAUGACCCAAAAGUGGUUGAAAAACGCUUGAGAAAAUGCAAGCUUAAAGUCUCCAAUUACACUAAGUUAUUCAGGGAUGGUACUGAUCCACAUGGUUGA